AUGGCCUGGGGUCAAGAUUACCGAUUCAGCUUCUGUUCGUUCAAUCACCCGACUCCUUGUCCUGAGGAGCGCGAACUCAUCACACGGAAAUACCACAUAGCAGACGCACGUAUGAGUUUGGGCUCUGCAUUGCUAAAGCGCCUUUUCGUCAACAAAGCCCUCGGCAUACCGUGGAAAGACAUCCGCUUCGGUCGAAAACGCGACCCCAAACAUGGGAAGCCCAUUGCUCUCCUGGCCCCACCCCAGCACGGCCCAGCACCCCUGGAGUUCAAUAUCUCGCACCAAGCAGGUCUCGUGGCGCUGGUCGGAUGCAAGACUGACGAGCUAGAUGCAGAGGUUGGCGUGGACAUCGUUUGUGUGAACGAGAGAAACGAUUAUAGAGUCGUGGAUGAAGAGGGCUUCGAUAGCUGGGUAGACGUCUACUCCGAGAUCUUCAGCCAGGAGGAGAGCUUCGAUCUCAAGUAUAACGUUGACCCUUUUCCUCUUCUCGACGGUACCAUAGUCACCCAGGAUAUGCUUGGUCGACACGAUCGGUGUUGUACACGGAACCAACACCUUACCAUCACAUUACCAAACGGUGAAAAGAGGUCGGUCGACUCAGAUCUUCUCAUUGACGCCAAGUUGAGACGCUUCUAUACGUACUGGUGCUACAAAGAAGCAUACAUCAAGCUGGACGGCGAAGCUCUUCUCGCGCAAUGGAUCCCAUGCCUAGAAUUCAAACACGUGCGCGCCCCGCGACCGGGCACACCUGCACGUUGCAGCACGCAUGGUUCCUGGGGCGAGCGCAUUAGUGACGCAGAAGUUUGGUUCUCAAUGAAAGCGGACGGAAAAGGGCCGGCGGGCGUGCGAGAUAUGACGAGGGGGGAAAGUAGGAAGUUGGAUGAUACAAGAGUGGAGAUUCAAGCUUUUGAGGAGAACUUUAUGAUUGGGGUUGCUGCGAGGGAGAGAACGGAUCCGGUGGUUGAUGGACACAGGAGCAGAUUGCCGAAUGUACUCACACACUUCAAGGGGCUGCAUCUUGAGGAAGAUGUCAUUGCCAUUGCGAGGAUGUCAUCUCCGGGAAGUUGGUAG